GAUAGUCGCAGGCAGGGCGGCCCCUGAACGUAGAGAUGAGACAGCGAAGGGGCAGCAUCGUAGAAAGACAUGUAGUCAAUGCGGGAGCGACUCUGUGGGGUCAGACUCGGACGGGAGAAUCGGACUGGUGUCCCUGCGCAUACAAUUUGCGCCAAUAUAUGCAAGACGAAUUAUGCUACUCACAUGGCACCAUGGACGAAGCGUUGGGAAACGAGUCAACGGCGCCCGCUAGAAACGUGGCUGUGGUCAUAGUUCAUGAUGAUGAUGUUAACAAUAGGCUACUUCGUCCAAUCAGAAGCUCGCAUGGUCAUCCCGGAUUCCCAGCGCUGCGUGCUGACUAUACUUGCGCUGAGAGGCGUUUGGCUAGCCUGUUUGUGUUACGCCACCGUUCGAGGGACGCGAGACACGAGCGGGAGCAUUCCUGCAUGGCGAUUGAACGUCGUCACGGUACAGCGAUAUAACGCUAGACUGGCCUCUUUGUACGUCCGAGCCAGCGUGGCGAAAUGUAGGGCCAGGAACCCGGCGCAUGAGGGCUCUCCGAGUCGUCGGCCUGGGAGCCUCGGUGUCCCGCGGCGGAUGAGCCUAAUGAGACUCGUCCCGUUUGCUGGGCCACCUGUGCGUGUACGACCCCUUGUGGUGGUGAAACGCGACGUUGUGGAUCAAAUGAACGAGUGGGAUAUGUCAGAGAUGUCGUGCAGAAACGUUGACCACGCUUGCUAUAUCAGGCCUGAUGCUGAUGUGGCGUUUGCCGUGAUAUAUAGGUCCUGUCAACUGGCAUCCCCUCGUAAGACAAUAGACAGUACUGGUGUUAUUGACAAGAAUGCGAUAGUGGUGGUUGAUAUUCUAUCGUGUUGUAUUCGGCCGCUGUCAGACAUGGUGAGUGUUGGUUCAAGGAGGUACCGGCUUGCUGCCAGUGCAGCGUUGGUGGCUGUACUAACAUAUCUGCACCGCCCCCGUCCACAGCCGUCUGAUCGACUCCUCGCGGCCGCAUAGCAUUAUGUAAUGCGCCUACAGAAUCCGGUAUGUUCAGGGACUUCAGCUAUGUCAAUAGCCUACUAUUCUGGAGCCUUUUUCGCCCCAUAACGCCGCUGGGUAAAAUACUGGGUUCACUGAUGUAAUGCACGCGGGACGUCCUCGACAAUUGCUACAGGUGCCUGCUCGUAUUGUGCCUACGAACCUGAAUUUUACACUGAUGUUACAUGAUUGCCCAAUCGUUCCACCUAUAGGCCCGGAUCGCAUCAGCGCCUGUCAAGAUACGUGACACUCCUCCAUCCGCGCUUUCCGAAAUUCCAUCCUCGCUUGGCCUGAUGGGCCGCUCAGGUUGAUGCCGCCGGCAUACAUUGCGCUCUAGCGGGUCUUCGAUGACGGCGAAAGC